AUGGCCUUCGCCGGUCAAACCCCCACCAUUGUUGUGCUGAAGGAGGGCACCGAUGCUUCUCAGGGCAAGGGACAGGUCAUCUCAAACAUCAACGCAUGUGUUGCUGUACAGGCGACCGUCAAGAGCACCUUGGGUCCCUAUGGCGGUGACCUUCUGCUUGUGGACAGCAAUGGAAAAACGACAAUCACAAAUGAUGGAGCAACAGUGAUGAAGCUCCUGGAUAUUGUGCACCCCGCCGCUCGCAUCCUUACUGACAUCGCCCGAUCCCAAGAUGCCGAAGUCGGUGAUGGAACUACUUCGGUCGUUGUCCUUGCUGGUGAGAUUCUGAAGGAGGUUCGUGAUCUUGUUGAGCAGGGUGUUAGCUCGCAGACUAUCAUCAAGGGUCUGCGGAGAUCUAGCUCUAUGGCCGUCAACAAAAUUAAGGAGAUUGCCGUCGAGAUGAUCAACUCUGCUGAGAACGAGGAGAAGAAGAUCGAGACACUGCGUCGUCUCGCUGGUACAGCUAUGAACAGCAAGCUUAUCAAGCGCAACCAGGAUUUUUUUACGAAGAUGGUCGUCGAUGCUGUUCUUACCCUUGACCAAAAUGACUUGAACGAGAAGUUGAUCGGUGUGAAGAAGGUCACUGGUGGUGGUCUUCAGGAGUCCCUUUUCGUAAACGGUGUCGCUUUUAAGAAGACAUUCUCCUACGCCGGUUUCGAGCAGCAGCCCAAGUACUUCACGAACCCCAAAAUCUUGUGUCUCAAUGUUGAGCUGGAGUUGAAGAGUGAGAAGGAUAAUGCGGAAGUUCGCGUUGAGCAAGUCUCCGAGUACCAAGCUAUUGUCGAUGCUGAAUGGCAGAUCAUCUUCAACAAGCUUGAGGCUAUCUACAACACCGGUGCCAAGGUUAUCCUCAGCAAAUUGCCCAUUGGUGAUCUUGCUACCCAGUACUUUGCGGACCGAGACAUCUUCUGUGCCGGCCGUGUUGCAUCUGACGACAUGGACCGAGUAUGCCAAGCUACUGCUGCCGCUACCCAGUCGACCUGCAGUGAUAUUCACGAUCGCCACCUUGGUACAUGUGGUGUGUUCGAGGAGCGUCAAAUUGGUGGAGAGCGUUUCAACAUGUUCUCUGAGUGUCCUGCUGCUAAGACUUGCACCUUGGUACUACGUGGUGGCGCUGAGCAGUUCAUUGCUGAGGUGGAGCGCAGUCUGCAUGAUGCUAUUAUGAUUGUCAAGCGCGCUUUGCGCAACACCACCAUCGUUGCUGGUGGAGGUGCUACUGAGAUGGAGCUGUCAGGUUACCUGCAUGGCUUUGCCGACCGCAAUGUCCCCACCAAGCAGCAGGCUGUGGUCAAGGCAUUCGCCAAGGCCCUCGAAGUGAUUCCCCGCCAGCUUUGCGACAACGCUGGUUUCGAUGCCACCGACAUCCUCAACCGUCUCCGCGUGGAGCACCGCAAGGGUAACGUGUGGGCUGGUGUGGACUUUGAUGAGGAAGGCGUUCGCGAUAAUAUGGUUGCUUUUGUUUGGGAGCCCAGUUUGGUUAAGGUCAAUGCCAUCCAAGCGGCCGUGGAAGCGGCUUGCUUGAUCUUGAGUGUGGACGAGACGAUCAAGAACGAGGAAUCUGCCCAACCUGGAGCCCCCAGAGGCGGUCUUCCCCCAGGUGCCGCUCAGCGAGCUCUUCGCGGCCGUGGCCGUGGAAUGCCCCGUCGCGGAUAA